CUGGUGGUAGGAACCGUGUUUCGGAGUCCUUGUUUCCUCUCGCGUGCGCUCGUCAGUUGCUAAGAUACGGUGCUUCACAUCCUUAGAUGCUGCGCUACUAAAUGACGCUACAGUAAUCACUGAGGUUUCUGAAGAGUAACAUUUAUUAAGAUGGAUGAAGGAACAGAGAUAUCUGUAACCAUCGCUCAGGUUGUCCAGCGGCUGAGGGGAACUCAUUUACACUCCCAGCUGGAGAAACAAGCCAAAGAAUGCUUACACAGGCCGGAGAUAAAGCUCGAAUCUUUAAAAGAAGACGUCCGGAAUUUCCUAAGAGCGUCAGGUUGGGAGAGGAAGUUGCAAAAUGCAGUGUACAGAGAAUUGCACAUUUUGCCUCCACCUGCUCACCCUGCAGCUACCCCUGAGCACACAAAGGAGCCGCUGGAAUACAUGCGCAAAGCCCAGGCAGGCUGGGAGAAGAGGAUCCUGAAGAGUUUGAACAGCAUGUGUACUGAGUUGGGAGUUCCACUGGCCCGCAAGAGGCCUGUUGCAGAACAGAGACAUUUAACAAACAAAUGGAACGAGAUGGGCACAGAUGAACCAGAUCUAAGCAGGUUCAGGCCUGUAUACGCACCCAAAGAUUUCCUAGAGGUGUUGAUUAGUCUGAAGAACCCCAAUCAUGACUGUAGCGAGGGACUCACAGCCAGAAGCCACUGGGGACUUAUACAGAUCUCCCUCAACAUCCAUGAUAUCCCACAGAUGAGAGAGGCUUAUAAAGAACUGAGCCUGAAUUGUGGCCAACUUGGAAUAGACGAUCACGCACACGUCCCCCCAGAUUUGUUUGAAAGUGAACACCUUCGUAUUGGAAAGAAAGUGUUGAGUGAGCAGGACAGUGCAGCUGCUCAGCAGUACAGCAGACGGGGAUGUCCCACUGGCCUCCGAGCUCAGUUAUGGGCUCUGAUCCUCAAUGCCACUAAUGAACCAGAGGACAUCAUGCAUUAUGAGCAACUGAAGGCUGCAGUCAUACACCAUGAUCUGCUCGUGGAUAAUCUAAUAUAUAAGGAUGUGAAACUGACUGCAAGUAAUGAUGACUAUUACUUUGUGUUUGAAGACUUUCUAUAUCAGGUUCUCCUGUGUUUUUCUCGAGACAUUGCAGUUUUGGAGCAUUUUAGCUACAAUAGUGCCACUCCUCCCAAAUCCUACAUCCAGGGCAAGACUGGUGCAGAGGAGUUUGCUGUGGUGUAUCCUCCAAAUGGUGUUAUCCCUUUCCAUGGCUUCUCAAUGUAUGUGGCUCCCCUGUGUUUCUUGUACAACGAGCCAUCCAUGCUGUACAGCGUAUUCAGGGAGAUGUACGUGCGCUACUUCUUCAGACUGCACUCCAUAUCCUCCUCCCCCUCAGGUAUAGUUUCUCUCUGUCUGCAGUUUGAGAGGUUACUCCAAACCCAUCUACCCCAGGUCUUCUAUCAUUUACAAGCGAUCGGGGCCCAACCAUUGCGUAUCGCCUUUAAGUGGAUGGUUCGAGCUUUCUCGGGAUACCUAUCCACUGACCAGCUCUUGUUGCUAUGGGACCGUAUCCUUGGCUAUGAGUCGUUAGAGAUAGUAGCAGUUCUGGCGGCUGCUGUCUUCACGUUCCGGGCUGAAAAUCUGAUGGAGGUGACAUCAUUGGCCUCGGCUGAGGCUGUCCUUGCUGACCUCUCAACUCUUAAGGUCAUGCCCCUCCUGCAGAUAUUCCUAUUUGCUACAGCUAUCUGAGGAGCAUGUUGUGUGGAUGUGUGUCGUCUCGAAGGGGUCAGCUGUGCCCAUGACAACCAGGUCAAUUGUCGAGACUGAUAAUAUAGAAAUAAGUGAAAAAAUAAUGAGGAGAGACAAUUCUCUGUGCCAUGAAAUCAGAAUUGGCUUUUAAUCAGUCUGUAUAUUCCAGCAGGUCUAUAGUGAAUACACUGCUGUACAGGAUUUAAUACUGACAUUCUUCAGACACUGGAUGGUGUCAGAUUACAUCCUAAUAGUAUUUGUAACAAGUAUUGUAAUAACAGCUGCCUUCAUCAGUGAAAGAUGUAUUACUGACCUGCAAUGUGCUUCAGAAUUAUUUCUUGAAAAUGAGCUUAAUUAAUAUAUGAAGAAGAAGAAGACCUUGCAAUAAGUGAUAUGGGGAUACUAUAUAGUUUUCUUGUGUAGUGCAUUUUUUUUUUUCAGUAAAACAAAAUGCUAUUUCAAAAUUAUGGCACAUUUGCAGUUUAAAUCUGGUGAAGCCACAUAAUUUAGAGAGUAUUACAGCACUGAGGUUAAUUCCUGGUGAUGGAUGACAAAGGAGUUUUAUACUUUAUAUCUGAGGUAAACAGAACAUGAUCAAAGGCAGCAGCAGCAGCGUUCCUGGGAGCUGAAAGGCAUCCUAUCCAUGGUGUAUCUCCGCCUCACGCGCAGUGUUCCCGGGACAGGCUCCAGCACGACAUUGACAAGGACAAACGGUUACUGAAUAUGAAGGAAGGAAUGAAUGAAUUUCUUUUCUUCAAGAAUAACAGGUUUAUGAAGUUUAUUACCACAUGUUUAGGAGAGAAAAUACUAUCAUUUAAAAAGUAGUUCCUAUGGGAAUGUUUUUCAUCAGAUAAAUAAUUUGAGUGGAAUUUUUGUGUGUUGUCUCUAUUUUAUAUUGUUAAUUUUCCUCAUUUCUGUGAAGGGUACACUAUAAAUAACAAUAAGCAUAUAAUAGACCUAUGAUAAUUGGCUUAAGUAAUGUAUUACAAACAUUUAUGAAGUUUAAAAAAAAAAGAAAAUCCAUGCUGUAAUAGAGAAGACUGGUAAAUAAGCUCAUUGAUUGGGGAGUGAAGCUGUAAUAAUUAAUUAGCGCCAUAAACUGAUGAGAUGCAUGCCUCAGACGAAACAAGCUUUCUACUAAAUGUCAGUAUAUAAAUAGUUACAGUUUUCUGUGCAAUAAUUUUGUUUUUAUUGUGUUCACUGCUUCUUUAUUACGUAUCCAUGCUUAUUGUGACUUAAGAUUCAUAAUGCAUAUUAUGUAAGCAAACACGCCAUAUGCAUAUGCUUGAAAAACAGUCAGAUUAUUAUAUGAAUUAUGAAAAACAAGCAUGUUAUUAUGUAACAGAUGAAUCAGCCUGAAGCAUAUGAUGCAGAUUUGGCUUGUAAUGGGUCAUUACAUACAGCAGAUCCCCCAUCAUAUAUCCUCAGAACAGGAAUGAUCCAGCUGUCUUCUAUUUUUUGUAUGAUAUUUUGUACUAUGUUGUAUUGCUGCACAAUGUUCAACAUGCCAAUAAUUACAUUUCUGAAGUUUUAUUGAAACUACUUGGUUUAUUAUGCAGUGUUUGUUUUGCAGGCUUCAACAAAUGUCUUCAACAAAAUCUUUUUAUGACUUUGUGAUUUAUAUGAUUUUUAAACAGAAUUCUUAUUAGGUUGUGGAGUAUUACCAAAUGACACGUAUGAAAGCCGUUAUACAGAUCCAUACACACUUACUAAUUUACAAUAGACAGUUUGGUGUCUUCUUUGUUGUCUCAAAGAAGCUUAAAUUAUAUGUAAGGAAUAAAACAUGAUGUCAUGUGCUGUUAUAGGAAAAUAAUCCGCACUGAGGUGGUGUCAUGUGGCGUUACUGUUACCACCCCAAAGUUUAUUAUAUUCAGAUAAAAGCAUGUCCGGUAGGGUUUUAUUCCUCUUAUACCACAGCCAAAAUUAACUAUUUCUUAUGUAUUUAGCAAUGAUGAUCUAUGCAUUUAUCUGUUUAUAGUUACAUUUAAUGUUGUGGAAUAUCUGCUAAACAAGUUGGGUCCUGUUUUCACUUCAUUUAGCAGCUAUAAACAGCUUUUUUGUUCCCUUUUUUGUUUUAUCUCUUGAAGUUAACAAGGCUUUAAUAAUAAAAAAAAUAAUAAUAAUAAAAAA